ACAAAUCCAGUCUCCUUGUGCUUGUGAUAUAAGCAUCCAGCCGCCUACGAGGUAUUAGUUUGCAUUGGAGCUCUCCAGGUCUAUUACGACCUACGUGGAUAUCGGACACGGAAGCCCUCGGAAUCCUCGACCGGACGCAUACUACCCCUCGUCCUAGUUUAAUUUUCAGCACAGGUGAAAUUUGCUGGCGUAUUUCGACGUUCCAAGGUUUUCCGUCGCCGUCAUAACCAACCGAGCGUGUGUUUCAUGGCCGGCAAUCUUCAAGCUGAGACUGAAUUCCUUACGGGUGUUGUGGAGGGGUUUUACGGUCGACCAUGGACAUACCCCCAGCGCAAAGAACUUUUUCGGAGAAUGAACCACAUGGGGAUGAACGCUUACCUGUACGCUCCAAAGGAUGAUGUAAAGCAUCGACAGUCCUGGCGUGAUUUAUAUACCCCGGCUGAAGAAGAACAACUUCAGAGUUUAAUAAACGAAUCUACUGAGGCUGGCGUCCUGUUUAUUUUCUCGUUGUCGCCAGGCCUAGAUGUAACCUUCUCAAGUGCAAAGGAAGUUGAGAUCCUUAAGAAAAAAGUUGACCAAGUGUCCAAACUUGGUUGCCGGGCUUUUGCACUUCUCUUUGAUGACAUAGAACCUCGACUUUGUCCUGCAGAUCGUGAAGUGUUCAGUUCCUCUGCGCGCGCUCAAGUCGUUUUCGCCAACGAUCUCUACAAUUAUCUUGGCUGCCCGAGUGUUUUUCUUUUUUGCCCCACAGAGUACUGCGCGAGUCUGGCACUUCCAAGCAUAACCAAGUCGGAGUAUUUAUCUACGGUCUCCUCUUGUUUGGCCCCAGGUAUCGCCGUCAUAUGGACCGGCCCUCUGGUCGUCUCCAAAAACAUUCGAACCUCAGAUGUGGAGCAUUUAUCGCAGUCGAUUAAACAUCCUAUCGUUCUCUGGGACAACCUACACGCGAACGACUACGAUCAGCGUCGCGUUUUUAUCGGACCGUAUUCUGGACGCCCACUCGAUUUACGUCGCAAAGGUCUCUUGCGAGGGGUCCUGACCAACCCCAACUGCGAAUUUGAGGCGAACUAUGUCGCUUUACACACUCUAGCUCAGUGGUCAAGAUACGGGGAACUGAGGCCACCUGCACAUCCACCACAUAAGGAAAUGUUGGAACGGCUUGAAGAUACCGGAUCUCCAACCGCAAGCACUGAUUCGGCACCUCCCGCCACCAUUGACAACUGCUUAGAGAGGAACAAUGCGGACACGAGGACGGAGGAAACGGACUCAUCUUACAAACCGCGAGAGGCUUUGCUAGUUGCGCUCCGGGAUUGGCUUGCUCUGAUGCUUCAGGAUCAACAGAUGGCUCAUGCGUCCUCGAAAUCUGUCACGGCCGGUGGAACCCCAACGCCCAUGGACACAGAUAUCCCCGAUGUCACCACUACGGAGGCGAUGGUGGUUGAACCGUCUCCCGGCGCCACCAUUCCUGAUGUUCCUGUCUCUGAUCUCUCAAGCUCCAAUGCUUGCUCAUUUGUGGAUGUCACACUGGAGGACCUGGAGUUGUUCGCUGAUCUUUUCUAUCUGCCGUUUGCUCACGGCCCCUCUGCUGUACGGUUACUCGAAUUGGGACAUUGGUUACGGGACCAAUCGCAUGCUUGCGGACCCAAUCCCAGCGAUCCGGAGAAAAAGAUAGAAUGGGUCCAAAAGCUGUCUGAGUUCGCCGAGAUGGUAUCACUUGUGGCUCGGCUACGUGACCGCAUUCAGCGCCUUCCAUCUCGUGGCAUAGCCUACGAAUUGGCUCCGUACGUGACCGAAGUACACACAGUUUUGGGUAUGGUGCUGGACUACUUCCACUGGUUGGAGACCGGAGUAAUGUCCUGCCGCAGCAUGUGUCACUUACGCCGACUGUUAACCUGGUUCUCUCCAGGAUACCGCGACAUGGUCACCUCGGGCGAUCAGGAACCUUGGACUUUCCGAGGUGGGCUAAUCACCGAACUUCAGCGGAUACUACCCCUGGAAUCCGCACAGGAUUUGUUCCCUGCCCCGUCUCGAGCCGUUCCGGAAACUAUUACCAUCCCGACCCUCGCCUGGCCAGAUGUCCCGGCCGUCGGCAUCCCGCCUGGUGCGGUACCGUUCAUCCCAAUACAACCUCCGGUCCCACUGCCUCGUUCUACUCGGUCGUGUGCGUGCGUCGUGCGACCUUAUCGACCUGAGGAUACAACUGACGUCUACAAUCUAUUCCGUCGCCUUUUGUUGGCACGGGUGGGAUUGCAUGAGGGAGCGUUGCCUCCGGAGUUGUCUGAUCUACCCGGAGAUCGCUAUCUGCUACACUUUCUCGAGCAUUCACCAGAAAAUUGUUUGGUUGUCGAAGGACCACCCUUCAUCUCCUGCUCAUCAACUGGUGUUGGAGUUACUACUUGUGCGGAGAUAAAAUGCGUUGGUUUCGAUUUUGCAGCUCCCGAUGCAGUCGCAUGGGCAAGAGAUCGCACUGCUCGCUACAGAAACUCAUUGCGCUUAAAAUAUCCACGCCCUUCGACAGAAUCUCCACCUACUGAUGCUGGUCCUGAUGGGUCCAAAGCAACCCACCAAUCCACCAAUGAAACCACCCCCUCAACCUUCACUACCAAAAGUCCAAUGACACCGGACGAAUUCAUCAGGUUCUUGCUUCAUCCAUUCCACGCCGAGUUAAUCGAAGUGUCAGAUAUUGCUGACGCGGCUGCAGUCUUGCCUCCUCCUGAGCCUCUUGGAGGCACUUUGCCGGUAGAACCCGCACUCUCAGGGUGUUUAGAAGGUGGUGAAGUAGAGCCUUCUCGCCGUGAUAGCGCCUUCUCUCCACUCAAUAUCCCCCUCAAUGUGCCUCCACCGCCAUUCCCCAUUGGAUGCCCUCCUUUUCCGCCCGUGAUUCCACCGCCCCUCCUUCCGGACAUAGCACCACCGUCACCCCCGUCUGUUGCUGAACGCACUCCAACCGUCAAUCUGCGGGACAGUUGUCCAAGUAACUCGAUCGGUCCUGUCUCUGGUUUCGCCAGACCGGUGAUUAUGGCUGGUGGACCAGAAGCACUACACACCGCCCUGGCGGCUCACCCAGCCAUCCUCUGGGCAGAACUGGAUGACAUCGGCGUGGUCAAUUUUACAGGAGGUCCUACCCCAAGCAUGUUGAUGAAUCACAACCUCGGCCUUGGGGUUGAUCCACCAGAGUUGAUUCUGGACUCGGUAGCUAGGAGGUUAUUCAUUUGCUUGUUGGCCGGACUGAAAACCAUUGGGGCCCACGGCUCUCAUGUGCACCUGGAUGCCAUUAAUGAACAUCGCGCUGAGCUCUAUCGCCGAUUCGGAUUUUACCCCGUUGCAGCUGCUUCCACGGAUCAGACGACAAUACUCGCUCGCUUAAUCUAAUACUUUGCCACUAAUGUGGUCUCACACCUUUCGUGCCGAUCCACUUAUCUCAGGGUAUCGCAUACCACCACCCACUACUUCUCCUGUUAAAAUAUACAUUUGCGCAUUCCUAAUUCUCGGGACCUGUUUUUCCCAUGCAGCUACCUCCGGAAUUUGCUCAACCUUCUACCAAACGCACUAUUCGGGUUAUUGUAAUGCUACCACAAACAACUAACAAUUGCCUGUACUUAUCUGCUUUGUUUUACUCCACCAUGUUAACUCUAGACUUACUGCGCUUCCAAUGCUGAUCUCACCAACCCGUUAUUGCUAAAUAACACUCCAUUUGGGAUCUUUUUUUCUCGUUCCCCCCCCCGGACUCUAGCUAUUCUCAUCAGCUCCGUUCACGUUUUCCUGAUGUUUCUAUCUCCAUAGCCCUUAUCUGACUGCAUACUCCUGAUCUUACUCCCGAAAGAACGCCCGAAGAAAUCGGAUUGUUUGCGAACCCCAUGCAAUGAACUGUGCUCACUGUUACAGACACAAUUAUGCUCACUUUUGUCAGUUUGCUCUGUGGGUGGGCACCGGCCGCAAUCACUGCUUUGAGCUGACUUCGCGGCGACUCCCUGUCUCUCUUGUCUAUUCGGAACAUGAGAUUGGACUUACCCUAUUGACUAAUCCAUCCAGUCUGUUGUUUUAGUCCAUGCGUGUGCAUAGCCCAUGCUUCCAAAUUUGUGGUACCAUGAAUCAAUCCGAAUUAGUCAGAGAUUUGAUGCAUAUUAAAUUGCUUUGCGGAUCAUUCUCGUG